UCGUCUCCUCUCAUCUCCUCUUUCAUAUUCUUAAACCCUACCAAAAUCCUCGGUCGCCCAAACGACUCGCCACGCACGAACAUCCAGCCAGUUCACCGUCGAACGACGUCCCGCAGCUCUGCAACACCCGAAAAUUUUGAUGGAGGUGGUGAUCGCCUCCUCCUCCGUCGGCGACGCCGGCAUCGGCUGCUGGGACCUCCGCACCGGCGCCGAGCAGCUCCGCCACAAGUCCUGCGCCUCCACCGCCCGCGGCCUCACCUCCGUCGGCCACCGCUUCGUCGCCUCCUCCCAGCUCCGCGACCCCUCCGCCACUUCCGGCACCGUCUUCUACUGGUCUUGGGAUAGACCCCAAGUCGAAGUUAAGAGCUUUCCCGCCGAGCCGAUUUUGCCGCUCGCGGCGAACAGCGAGGGCACGUACAUUGUUGGCGGGGGCGUUUCUGGCGAAAUUUACCUAUGGGAGGUUCCAACUGGUAAACUGCUUAGAAAGUGGCAUGCUCAUUAUAGGGGUGUUACUUGCUUGGUAUUUUCGGACGACGAUUCGCUCAUAAUCUCCGGGUCGGAGGACGGCUCUGUUAGAGUCUGGUCCCUUUUCAUGAUAUUUGAUGAUAUGAGGAGGCAAGAAGCAACUCAUCUUUAUGAGCAUAGUUUUACUGGGCAUGCACUGAGAGUAACUGAUGUUGUCAUCGGUUAUGGUGGAUCGAAUGCAAUUAUUGUCUCAGCAUCAGAGGAUCGAACAUGCAAGGUAUGGAGUCUAUCUAAGGGGAUACUGUUAAGAAACAUUGUGUUUCCAUCAAUGAUAUAUGCAAUUGCAUUGGAUCCUGGGGAACAUGUCUUCUAUGCUGGCAGCAGGGAUGGGAAGAUAUAUGUUGCUGCUCUAAAUGCUGAGAGCAGCCCUAAUGAUGCUUAUGGAAUGUACAUAAUUGGUUUGUUGGCUGAUCACAGCAAAGCUGUCACCUGUCUGGCUUACAGUAACAGCUUAAACCUAAUAGUUUGUGGCUCAGAGGAUGGUAUGGUUCGAGUUUCGGACCCUAAAAGUGGUAACGUCGUACGGAUGUUUCGACAUUCGAAAGGACCUAUUAACAAUGUCCAAAUUGUGAGGAAGCAAUUAGGUUUCGGCCCUCGUAUAGUUGCAAAUCCACAGGGCUCCUCAAGAAGGCAUGGAUCCUUGUUAUCCCCACCUCUAGAAAAAUACACAAAUUCAAGUGAUGAUGAUUCAGACUUCAGAACAGUGGUUAGUCUGCAUGGCGCUAGCUAUGAACCUCUAGAGAGUCCACACAUCAGUUCAAAUGCGAUGGAUCAACAAAUUGAAGAACUACAGAGACAAUCUUCUUCCUAUGCUGCUGAGAUGGAGCUAGAGAGGCUAAAGGUUGAUUGCAAAAGAUCCUUCCAAAUGGUUGAAAGAUGGAAGCAAAUGUAUGAAAACUUGCAUCAAUUUUGUGUAGACGAGCUUUUGGACAUAGAUCAAGCUGAGCCAACUAAAGCAGGUUUUACCUGAAACAAAAUUUUGUCCCUUUUUUUUAUACAAUUUUACAAAAUUUCAUGGGAA